UGCAGAUUGAAUCUGGGUUCUCUGAAAGGACAACCAGUACUCUUAACCAUUGAACCAUCUUUCCAGCCCCUAGUAAAAAUAAUUUUUUAUAAAGUUAACCUAGGGGUCCUAGGUUGUUUCCAUGUCAACAUCUUUUGAUAUCCCUCUUUGUCGCUGCUUUUGUAUCUCAGCUGUUAGCAGCCUGGAUUCUGCAGAUAUAGAAGUCACUGACAGCCGUUUGCCUCAUGCCACUCUUGUGGGACGUCGAUCCCAGCAUCGAAGGUCUGAGACUCUGGUGACAUGUAUGGAGCAACCUCCAGUAACCCAGAAUAAAGCAAGCUAUGCUUUGAAAUUACCACAAGCCACUGGUCGAUUUUCCGUGGAGCUGCUCCGAGGCCCUGCAGGCUUUGGUUUCACUUUAAAAGGGGGACGAGGUGUAUCUGGGGAUGCUCCACUGGCCGUGCAUGGACUGCUGAAGGAUGGGCCAGCAAAGCGAUGUGGUCGUUUGCAGGUUGGUGAUCUCGUGCUCAAUAUUAAUGGAGAGUCAACACAGGGCCUAACUCAUGCCCAGGUGGUGGAGCGGAUACGCACUGGAGGCCCCCGACUUUGCCUGGGAAUCCUCCGCAGGCCUCAAGAGAUGGACAUCAGUAGGAUUGAGGAGGUUGCUGGCCAUCAAAAGAGAGAUUGCAGCCCAGAUCCUAGGGGAAGCAGGAUGACGAAGUCCCGCAGCACCAUUUCCCCAGUUCAUCACCCGUCCAAGACUCGGCCCAGUUUGGAACCUAGUCCAGAGGCAGUGGCUUUUGCCCACGUGGUUCCCUCAGUGGAGCACCCCACAGAAGACUUGGACGACCGUAUCCCUGGUACCCCUGGGCCCUGGCUAGUGCCGAGUGAGGACCGUCUCUCACAGGCUCUAGGGGUUCGGGGCGGGGGCGCGCAGCUCGCUCAAGAGAUGGCAGCUGGAAGGCGGAGGCACUGAGCACCAACAGACAGCUUUGUGUUCACUUAGUGAAGAUCUACCUGGUUUUAGCAUGCCUGACGGCCAGGCACUAGCUUUUCCCUUAAGCUUUAACCUGGU